AUGCCAGAGAGACCGCCGGCAGCGCGCGUGGGAGGCAUCCGAAUCCGGGCGCGACUGAAACGCGCGUGCGGCGCGCGGCGUCGCGGCGGCGGCGGCGGCGGAGGGCGGCGUGAAAGUGGCGGGGCGGUGGAACGCCGGGCGGUGGCGGUGGCGGCGGCGCUGCGCGGUGGCAGGAGAGUAGGUCAGGCGGGCCGCGGGCGGCGGGCAGCCCUCCCGCCGGCUAUAAAACGGCGGAGAGGCGCGCGCCGGCGACCAGUCUCCGUUCAGUGCGCCGCGCAGUGCCAGACGCAGCCCCAGCCCCGUCCACGUACAGACCCAGCAGCCCCAGCAGCAGCAGCCGAGAUGAGGAGCUUCCACGCGUGUGUGGCGGCUUUGGCGGCGGUCCUCGCCCUCGCCCCCGCGCUCGCCGGGCAUUGGCUACCGCCGCGAGCACGUCGUCAUCGGACCACUCAGGCAUACAGAUGGCGUGAUCAAUUCAAGGUGAAGUCCCCCGAAGAGGCUGCCAGCCCUGGCCUCGACCUUUGCCUGCGGCCCGCUCGUUCAACAAUGCAGCUUCUGGAAACAAACGACUCAGAACGGCAGGGAAACGAGUUGGCGGGGUGCUCCCGCAGGCCACCUGAUACCCUGGAGGUUGUAGAGGAAACUCGAUGGCUGGAGGAACAAGGAGGCCAGGUGCUUUCAGGAGGAGAAAAAGCCCGAUGA